UUCAAAUCCGAAUUAAAUCUCUGUACACUUGCGUUUACUAGUAAAUGAAACAAAAGUAGGUGUGAAAGUUGGGUUCGCAUUGCUAGGAAUCAGAUGGCACUUAGAAGCAGGUGAACAUUUAAAGAAAGACUGACUGAGAAGAGAAGAGGAGAUUCUAAGGGUUCUGGUUCAUCUGGUAGCCGGUGCGCACUCAAGUCGGUCAAGUCGGAACCAAAACUCCGUGGCUUUGGUGCAAUGUCGAGGAAAAAAGCGCAAAAGAGCAAAGGAGGCAAUGCAAGUCCAUCCACCGCCAAGGAGAACAAUCAUAAAUCAGGGAAAAGUGGCCUGGUGGUGGGGGUCCAGCCUAACGGAGUGGUGCACCCGUGCCGUACCUCAGUCAGCAACAGCAGCGAGUUUUACGACGUCGCCUUCAAGGUAAUGCUGGUAGGAGAUUCAGGAGUGGGGAAGACCUGUCUGCUGGUGCGCUUCAAGGAUGGAGCUUUCCUAAAUGGCAGCUUCAUUUCCACUGUAGGCAUUGAUUUCAGGAACAAAGUGCUCAAUAUUGAUGGAGUCAAAGUGAAACUGCAGAUCUGGGACACUGCAGGACAGGAGCGCUUCCGCAGUGUUACCCAUGCUUAUUACCGUGAUGCCCAUGCUCUGCUGCUGCUGUAUGACGUUACUAACAAAGCAUCGUUCGACAACAUUCGGGCCUGGCUGACAGAAAUCCACGAGUAUGCUAAACAAGAUGUGGUCCUGAUGAUCCUGGGUAAUAAGGCUGAUGCCUCUCAUGACAGAACAGUGAGGCGAGAGGAGGGGGAGAGACUGGCUAAGGAAUUUGGGGUGCCCUUCAUGGAGACAAGUGCUCGAUCUGGCCUGAAUGUGGACCUGGCCUUUACAGCCAUAGCCAAAGAGCUGAAGCACAGGUCCGUAAAGGACGUGGACGAGCCUACGUUCAAACUGCACGAGUACGUCAACAAAGAAAUGAAGAGCACAGGGUGCUGCCGGACCUAA